GAUGUUAGCUGUAAUCCCUUCCCAUGCUCUCCACUGCUACUCUCACUCUAGGGAUAUCGUGCGUUAUUGCCCUGGGUGUCGCUUCGGGUCUCAUUCGCAGACGUGUCCACCCUUUACCUCUGCCACCUGGCCCUCGUCCGAUACCAUUUUUGGGCAACGUGCUACAAUUGGAUACUAAACGACCUUGGCUCACAUAUACUGCGUGGGGAAAGACAUAUGGAAAAAUCAUUUUCUGCCGCAUACUUGGGAUCGACUUGGUCAUCAUAAACUCCGAAAUCACCGCGCAAGAGUUGCUGGAAAAACGCUCUCUCAAUUACUCUGCUCGCCCCGUUUUUCGCACCAACGAAUUAGCUGGACUGAAUUUCAUUACUAUAGCGCUUCCGUACGGCGAGACUUUACGACAUCAUCGCAAGAUCUUCCAUCAAGUCCUCAAGGCCGAAGUCUCGGCAUCAUACCAGGAGAUAUACUCUCGCCAUGCAAAUAGACUAGUCAUCAAUCUUUUAGGUGCCACUGAUGACCUACAGCACCACGCUGAAACAUACACGGGAACCGUAAUCAUAGCCGUGACAUACGGAGACCUUGCUCAUGGCAAUGAAGGCUCAUAUCUUACCCGCGCGCACGAACUCGUUGAUAUUGCAAAACAGAUUCUUACUCCCGAGAAGGCUGCCAUGUUCACAGCCUUCCCUUUCCUCGAAAAGUUACCGUUUUGGUGCUUCGGUGGAGCACAUUCCCUGAUGGGACGCAGUAAAGAAUUAUCUCAACAGCUUUUGAACGAGCCAUUCAACGAAGUGAAGGCACAGAUGGCAAAUGGCACUGCUUCACACUCAUUACUCACUGACUGUCUCAGCCAACCUCACGAUGACGGCGACGAAGAUAUAAUGAAGGCUGUUGCGUUGACAGGAUACAUAGCUGGCAUGGAAACCGUGAGUCGCCACUUGAGCAGUCCUGAUUCUUGCUUUGAUGUCCGGCAGACUGCAUCCGUAUUGCACACAUUCCUGCUGGCUAUGGUGCUCUAUCCUGACGUCCAAGCCCUGGCUCGUGCAGAAAUUGAUCAAGUUGUGAGGCAUAAUAAAAUGCCGUGCCUUAAUGACAGGGCGUCCUUGCCCUAUAUUGAUGCCAUUCUCCGCGAGGUCAUGAGAUGGUAUCCUCCCGCCCCCCUAGGAUUUGCACGUGCAACUUCAGAUGAUGAUGUUUACGACGGGCAUUUUAUACCCAAAGGUGCAACAGUAAUAGUCAAUCAGUGGGCACUGUCUCGGGAUGAAGACAUAUUUCCCGAUGCAUCGCACUUCGACCCUAGUCGCCAUCUAACUGCUGACGGGAAGCUGAAGAGCCCUGUCGCCAACCAUUUUGCCUUUGGUCACGGCAGACGUAUUUGUCCUGGUCGUUGGUUUGCAGAGUACAGUCUGUGGACUGCGAUUGCUGCCAUACUCGCUGUCUUGCGCAUCGAUCAUGCCAAAGACUCAAAUGGACACAGGAUUGAGGUGAAGCCAAAGUUCACCACCGGCUUAACGGCUCAGCCUGAACCAUUUCACUGCUCUUUUGAAAUCGUGAGCACAGCAAGAGAAGGACAGAUCCGAGCAAUGAUGAAUUCUGAGUAGACUUUGUUUGUACAAUGAACAAGAGAAUUGCUUUCGAAUACAUUUGACUCCUCAGAAACUAGAUCCGUUUCCAAAAUCUCGUGCCUCACAUAAACCAGUGCGCCAACUAGAUUUCAUCCAAGCUCUCAAACUGUUCGUGAUAUUUUUAAAUUGGC